AAAAAAAAAAAAACGGCACUACGAGCUACAGUGCCACCAUCCUCUCCUCCUCUCCCGCUGACACCCAAUCAUCCUCCCCACCAGCACCAGCCGCCGCCGCCGCCUCCUCCGCCAGGGUCCGGGUCCGGGUCGGCCUUCUUCCCGGCCGCCGCGGCAAGCCCCUUCCGCUUCGCUGCGCAUCCUCAGGAAUGGAGCCCAUCGCUGGCACUGCCCUCUACCCUCUGCACCGCUGCAAAACCAUUUACCUGGUCAGGCAUGCCCAGGGCAUUCACAAUGUCGCCGGCGAGAAGGAUUUCAAUGCCUACAUGUCACAGGACCUGUUUGAUGCGCAGCUAACUCCUCUCGGCUGGAGCCAAGUUGAUAGUCUGCGGGAGCACGUGAAGAAAAGUGGACUUGCAAAAAAGAUCGAGCUGGUUAUUACUUCCCCUUUACUGAGGACUAUGCAAACUGCAGUGGGGGUCUUUGGCGAUGAAAACUAUACUGAUGGUGUAAGUGCUCCACCACUAAUGGUUGAAAAUGCUGGGCACAGUGGACGUCCGGCGGUUUCAAGUUUGAACUGCCCACCAUUUCUUGCAGUUGAAACCUGCAGAGAGCACUUGGGUGUCCAUCCCUGUGACAAGAGGAGGAGCAUAACAGAAUACCGGCCUCUCUUUCCUGCUAUUGAUUUUUCAUUGAUAGAGAAUGAUGAAGAUGUUCUCUGGGAACCAGAUGUUAGAGAAGCAAAUGAGUCUGUCGCGCUGAGGGGUAUGAAGUUCUUUGACUGGUUAUGGACAAGGGAAGAGAAGGAGAUAGCUAUUGUCAGUCAUAGUGGUUUCUUGUAUCAUACCUUGAGCACGUACAGCAAGGAGUGUCAUCCAACCGUAAGAGACGAAGUUGGCAAGCACUUUGCAAACUGUGAGCUCCGGUCGAUGGUGUUGGUUGACAGGAGGUCAGUUUUGCCACCUCAGUCGUGGACUUAGCCAUGCUUGGGUCGGAUUCCCCAAGUUUCAAUUACCCUGGCAAGCUUCCAGCCGGACUCGAUCUGCCUAGUGACGUUGCAGAUAAGAAGCAUGUAGAGGAAGUUCAGAAGAACUGAUGAGCCCGUCUGAGGAUAUUGAGCAUUGCCGCUUUGAUUCUUUUAUCAACUCAUUCUGACCCCAUUCAAGCUGCAGUUGAAGAAGACAAGCUAAACAGUAUCUACAGGUAGGACUUGCCGGUUGUUAAUUGAGCAUGAAUUACGAAUGUAUUACGUAUUACGUUUGUUAUCGCAGCCCAUAUUGAAAUUCAGGGUAUUGAAAUCCAUAGCAAUAAUACCUACGCUACAUGACAAAAUUCUCCUGGUUGCUUGUGUUCUUCGUUCUUGGUUAAAACCCAAGCAAGGGUUGCACACCUGCUCUCUCGUAGAUGGUAGUAGAAAUGUGUGUGGCUUGUUCAUCUUAAAUUUGGGAGGAGCUUCGGAUUAUAGCUUGUUUAUAUUUUUCACUGAUUAUAUUGUCACAUCAGUUAUAUACAAAAA